AUGGCUACCGCACCGGAUCCAGAGGUGCUUUGUUCCACGGAUGGAAAAGAUAAAUUCCAACGAAUAUCGCGUCUGCUAAUUAGUGGAGGUACUACACUACUUAGAGAGGUGUUUGAUCAGAUUUGCCCACCAUUUCAACUUCCUUCAAAAUUAAAAGAUCCAACUACAAAGAAGCAGCUUAAAGCGGCAAAGCUCACAAAGCCACAGCGAAACUGCCUGUACCCCUCCCCGGGGACGUAUGGUGAGUCAAAAGAUUUCGAUAUUACUCUGCUCUUCGCUUUGCUAAGGACGAUAUGCAACCUCCCCCGUCCAAGCACGGGCUGGGAUAUUCUACCAGCUCCCGCCGAUCACAGUUUAGUUGCAGAAUUGGCAAGAAUUAAGCAUUACAGGAACGCGGUGUAUGGCCAUGUAAAGGGAAACAUGGAGAUUACAGAUGACGAAUUUCUACAGCUUUGGAAGGACAUCGGCCAGGCUCUGAUAGGUGUCGCAGCAAACCUUGGCCCAACAAGCAAACGUAAUGACUGGCAGACGAAAAUUGACAAGUUAUUGAAGGAUCCCCUUACUGCUGAAGAUGAAAGAAACGUACAGGAACUGCAAGAAUGGUAUAAAAAGGAUGAAGACAUCAAAAAAUCCUUAGAUCAAUUGGUAGAUACAACCCAAAAAGGGAAAGACAGUAUAGAAAGGAUGGAAAAAAACUUUGAGGAGAUCAAAAAAUACUUGAGUGAAUUGCAUGAGCUUAGGCCAAUUUCUUGCCCGAAUUGCACUUGUACUGGUAAGUUUUUAAGAUUCGUUAUAAUUUAUCUCUUGGGUGUUUCUUUUUUCUUGAAUUGGGACUACAGGAACUGAGAAGUCUUACGAUUCCUCGACAGAAAUAUAUGUAGAAAAUAGAUAUAGAAUAUAUCAUGGGCUUUUUUUCAGUUUCAUUAUAACAAUUUUUUUGUUUUUCACAUGCUUCCAAUUAACAGAUGCAGCUAUACUUCCGGUGAAGUUGAGUUGUGAGAUCUACGCACACUCAGAUCAACAAGGGGACCUUUGCGGAAUGUCAGUAAAUGGAGAUGCCUCGCGUGCUACUGCACAGGAGGUAUUGAAUCAAAUUGCGAAAAGUUAUUUGCAGAUAGUUGAAUCAUCCACGAAAAAAGAGUUCAAUGAAUUUAUGGAGUAUCUAACGAGGAUGGGGAAGGUGUUAGUUGUAGACGUCAUAAAAGGGAGCUUGAUGAUCAAAGUGGGAUGCCGAUCUGUGCAGAUAUUGAGUGACUUGUAUAUAGACUUUUUAACAGGUCAUUUAAAUGCACUGGCACAAGAACACCUUGUGACAGAGAGGGUUCUUACCAAGUUUGCCCUCAUGGAAGCAAAACUCACUACAAACAUUUCAGAGAACGAGUACAGAAAUUGUCGAAAGCAAUUAAUGGUAUAUGCAGGUGAGUGUGGGUUAUGA